AUGCAUAUGAACCUACUCUCCUUUCUGGCCGUCGCGGCCUCAGCAUGGGCGCAGAAACCAUGGGCAAAUAAUUCCAUGGGGUUCAUCGGGUGUUACAUGGCGGAUGACACUGCUGAGGGCUACGUCACCAACGGCGGUACUCGAAUGUGGGGGCCCUAUGGGACCAGGGACCUCGUCGUCCAGUCGUGGACCGACAGCAACUCGACGGCAUGGCAAAAGUUCGACCAACAGGUCGCCCUGUAUGGGAGGCCAGAAGCGGUGUGGGUACAAAUCUGCGUCUUCGAGGACCCGGGGGCCACCUACGAUGAGGUCAAGCUGCUCAUCGCCAACGCUCGCGAACACGCUCUACCUGGUGCCUCGAUCUUCAUCACUGGCCAGCCAUUCUAUAACAAUAACCACACUUGCCCUCUAUCUGGGGCUAACGGGCCAAAAAUGACCGAUGAUCUGGCCAGACAGGCCGCCGGGGACGCUUCUCAGAGGGUGACCUACCCCGGUAGAUUUGUCUUAUACAACCAAGACGUGGCUGAUUACUGCCACGCCAAUGGUGGCGGGAAAAGGACGCUCGGGGAACAGGCUUUGAGCUUCUUCGAGGACAUUGAUUAG